AUGUCUGAUAUCGGAUCCGAAGAAAUGGAAGAGGAACAGGGGCCUUAUUUAGGCGAAUAUGAUGGAGAUAGAAAUGAACGAGAAGAAAGACAUGGCCAUGGUAAAGCCACGUUACCCAAUGGUGACACGUACGAGGGUCAAUAUGAACAUGGUAAACGUCACGGUACAGGGGUCUACAGAUUUAAAAAUCGAGCCAGAUAUAUUGGUGAAUAUAACAAAAAUAAAAAACAUGGUCAAGGUACUUUUAUUUACCCAGAUGGAUCCAAAUAUGAAGGGGGCUGGGUAGAUGAUCAGAGAUGUGGGCACGGUAAAUACUACUACGUGAACGGCGACACCUAUGAGGGUGAAUGGCAAGGUCAUCUACGACACGGUCAGGGUGCUUAUAUCUACGCUGCUACUAAUACUAAAUACGUUGGUACAUGGGUGAACGGAAAACGAGAGAGUCAUGGUGAAUUGAUACAUGCAAAUCAUAAAUAUGUUGGUACUUUUAAAGAUGAUAGGAUGGAAGGUAAAGGAAAAUAUGUGUUUGAUAUUGGAUGUGAACAGCAUGGUGAAUACAUCCCUAUUGAACAGGAGAAAGAUGAUAAAGGUGAUGAUGAGGAACCUCAAGCUAAUAUAAUUCCAAAAUGGAAGGCUGGUCACGUGACAGCUGUUCACAUUAAAACCGAAGAAGAGAUAGCUGAAGAAGAAAGGUUAGCAGCUCAAAAAACAGAAUCUGAAGCAGCAGUUGCAGAUGUAGAAGCUGCUGCAGCUGAGGCCAAAGAAAAUGACACUCUUGUAGAAGAUCCUAAAGCUGAAGAAACAGAAGGUGUGUGUUUGUGUUCUUAUUAA